UGUGGAGCUGAAGUUGGAAUUGAUCAAAGGCAUCCGUUUUUAAGGGCAUAUGAUCCAACCGACCUGAAGGCGUGGUCUGGCGGACCUGGUCUAUACGAGCUUGUGAAUGACUUGAAGAAUACCGAUCCAGGACUUAAGACAUUACUGUCGUUUGGUGGAUGGACAUUCGGAACUAAGCUCUUCAAGGCCAUGGGAAAAACAAGUGCGACGCGAGCAACGUUCAUCAAUUCAGCUAUUGCGUUUGUUCGAGAGCAUGGUUUCGAUGGAAUCGAUAUCGACUGGGAGUAUCCUCUUGCUGAUGAUAAGAGCAGUUAUGCAGCUCUGAUAAAAGAAUUGAGAGCUGCUUGCGAUGCGGAGGCUUCAAGUACUGGACGUGCCCGCCUCCUGAUCACUGCUGCUGUUACUGCGGCUAAAUCGAAAAUUGAGGCGGGGUAUGACGUCCCUGCAAUGGCAAAAAAUAUGGAUUUCAUCAUGUUGAUGUCGUACGAUUUCCACGGUGCCUGGGAUACAAAAACUGGCUUCAACAGUCCUCUACACAGCCGCUCCGAUGAAAGCGCCGACGAACAAACAUGGAACACCGUAGAACAUUUUGAUAUUCUUACUUUAUCAUUGUACUUUUCAGAAUAUGGAGCAAACUUUUGGGCAUCUCAAGGUAUGUCACGCACCCAGAUUGCCAUCGGAAUCGCCCCCUAUGGUCGAGGAUGGACUCUCGCAGACUCAUCGAAUACAGCUGUCGGUGCUCCGGGCGCUGGUCCUGCAAAGAAGUUAGAUUAUACGCGUGAAGCUGGUAUAGCCUCAUACUUUGAGAUGCAAUUUGUGAAGGAGAACGCGUUUGCUGGUGCGUUCAUUUGGACAUUAGAUUUCGACGACUUCAAUGAUAAGUCUUGUUCAGAAGGAAAAUACCCUCUGCUCACUACGAUCCAAAAAGAACUCGGAGGAGGCACUGUCGAUCCUGUGGCAAGUUUUUUAAUUGCAUUUCGAAAUUUCGACAAUCUCUGA